AUGUUAGCCCGAAAGGGCAAUUUUUCUCUCUCCCUCUUCUUUCGUCUUCUUAAUAAUUUACCAUUCAUCAACUUGUGCAACGACACGCAACACUCAAAUGAAGGAAAAAACGACAAAAAAAUAUUCCUAUGGGUACUUGGCGAAAGAACUUACAUAUUGUCACAUUGUCUCUCUGAAGUUGUUUUCUUCUGUCUGUACAUCUCCGAAUCUUUCUUUCUUUCUAAUUUUCUUUCUUUCUUUUCAGUUCUUUUCUUGUUUGUUUGUUUGUUUGCCUCUUCCUUCCUUCCUUACUUUUUGCUUCUUCCUUCCUUUCUUCUUGCUUCUUCCUUCCUUUCUUUUUGCUUCUUCUUUCCUUCCUUCCUUUUUGCUUCUUCCUUCCUUCCUUCCUUUUUGCUUCUUCCUUCCUUUCUUUCUUUCUUUUUGCUUCUUCCUUCCUUCCUUUCUUUCUUUUUGCUUCUUCCUUCCUUCCUUUCUUUCUUUUUGCUUCUUCCUUCCUUCCUUUCUUUCUUUUUGCUUCUUCCUUCCUUUCUUCCUUUCUUUUUGCUUCUUCCUUCCUUUCUUCCUUUUUGCUUCUUCCUUCCUUUCUUCCUUUCUUUUUGCUUCUUCCUUCCUUUCUUUCUUUCUUUUUGCUUCUUCCUUCCUUUCUUCUUGCUUCUUCCUUCCUUUCUUCUUGCUUCUUCCUUCCUUUCUUCUUGCUUCUUCCUUCCUUUAUUUUUGCUUCUUCCUUCCUUUCUUCUUGCUUCUUCCUUCCUUUAUUUUUGCUUCUUCCUUCCUUUCUUCCUUUCUUUUUGCUUCUUUCUUCCUUUCUUUUUGCUUCUUCCUUCCUUUCUUUUUGCUUCUUCCUUCCUUUCUUUUUGCUUCUUCCUUCCUUUCUUCCUUUCUUUUUGCUUCUUCCUUCCUUUCUUUCUUUCUUUUUGCUUCUUCCUUCCUUUCUUUCUUUCUUUUUGCUUCUUCCUUCCUUUCUUUCUUUUUGCUUCUUCCUUCCCUCCUUUCUUUCUUUGUCUAUUUUUGUCUGCUUGCCAACCGAGACAACUUCUGUCUCUUAGACACUAA